ACACUUUAAUUUUCAGUGUUCACUUCCCAGUUUCCACACACUAUUUGCCUCUCUUUUAAGUCUCAUUGAGCCUUUCACUUUGUUCUUUCCUGUGUCCUUCACUUGGAAUAGAUCACCACACUGAUGAGACUACAAGGCAGAAGAAAGCAAAGGAUUAAGAAACCAAACAUGGAUGUAGAAGUGGUGCAAAAGCCACCUUCUCAACAAAAACAUGGCAGGGUUCAAUCUGCAAUAAGGUUGUUAGUGAUGGUUGUGUUUCUGGGUUGGAUUUUCAUAUGGAUAAUGGCUCCUACAAACACUUACAAACAACAAUGGAAGCCUUGGCUUCAAGCAAAGACUAGUUCUACCUUUGGCACACAAGGAGCAUCACUUCUGGUUUACACUUUUCCAAUGUUGUUCAUAGCUGUUUUGGGAUGUGUUUACGUCCACAUAGCCAAAAAAGCAAACGGUUUCAGCAUGGAAAGUAGUUAUAGCAAGAAACAUGAGAUAUCUAUAUGGAAGCGUUUGGUGCUUGUGAGAGGCCCUCUUGGCAUAGUUUCAGUCACAGAAAUGGCCUUCUUGAUUAUGUUCAUUGUUCUACUAGUUUGGUCCUUUUCAGUUUACCUUCAGAAUGGUUUUGCCCAAAUCACCCAAAAAUCAGCAGCAGAAAAAGGUGUAAAAGUUUGGGAGAUGAAACUAGGCAGUGCAGGUGUGAGGUUGGGUCUGAUUGGGAAGAUAUGUUUGGCAUUCUUGUUUUUUCCAGUUGCUCGUGCUUCCUCGGUGCUGCCACUGCUUGGACUCACAUCAGAGAGAUGCAUCAAAUACCAUAUUUGGUUAGGACACUUGGCCAUGACCCUUUUCACUGCUCAUGGUCUUUGUCUCAUCAUCAAAUGGGCACUUACUGGUCAACUUUCAAAGAUGCUGGAAUGGAAAAAAAAUGGGAUAUCAAACGUAGCUGGAGAGGUAGCUUUGGUUGUUGGUUUGUUGAUGUGGAUUGCAGCCAUCCCUCGCAUUAGGCGAAAAGCUUUUGAGCUCUUCUUCUACACUCACUAUCUCUACAUUCUCUUCAUUGUCUUCUUCAUCUUUCACGUUGGCAUGUUCCAUGCAUGCACUGUGCUCCCUGGUUUCUACCUCUUCUUGGUUGAUCGUUUCCUAAGGUUUUUACAAUCAAGAUUGCGAGUUCGUUUGGUUUCUGCUCGUGUUUUGCCAUGUCAAACUGUAGAACUCAACUUCUCCAAGAACCAUGGUUUGACUUACAGUCCCACGAGUAUAAUGUUCAUAAAUGUACCAAGUAUAUCCAAGUUACAGUGGCAUCCAUUUACCAUUACUUCUAAUAGUAAUUUGGAGCCAAAAAUGUUGAGUGUUGUAAUCAAAGGUGCGGGAACUUGGUCCCAAAAGCUCUACCAGAUGCUUUCAACCCCUUCUGCAAUAGAUCAUCUCAAUGUCUCUGUUGAAGGUCCGUAUGGACCUGCAUCAACCAAUUAUCUAAGGUAUGACACUAUUGUGAUGGUUAGUGGAGGGAGUGGAAUCACCCCUUUUAUCUCCAUCAUCCGGGAGUUAAUGCAUUUGACCUCAACAUUCAAAUAUAAAAUACCAAAAGUUAUCCUAAUUUGUGCAUUCAAAAAAUCUUCAUAUCUCUCAAUGCUAGACUUAAUCCUUCCAAUAUCUGGCACCCCCUAUGAUAUUUCCAACAUGCAAUUACAAAUUAAGGCCUACAUCACAAGAGAGGAGGAGCAUGAAUUGAAAAGCCAAAUUCACACUCAACAAAUAUGGUUCAAGCCUAAGGCAACAGAUGCAUCCAUAUCUGCUAUUUUAGGUCCAAACAAUUGGCUUUGGCUUUGUGCUAUAAUCUCAUCCUCGUUCAUAAUUUUCCUUAUCAUAAUUUUUAUCAUCACCCGAUACAUCAUUUUCCCUAGAGACCAUAAUUCUCAUAAAAUGUUCUCACAACCUUUGAGUUCAUUACUCAACAUGUUAGCAAUAUGUGUGUCAAUAGCAAUGGCUGCUAGUGCAGCUGUUCUUUGGAACAAUAAACACAAUCACAAAGAAGCAAAGCAAAUUCAGGAGUUAGAAGGAUCAUCAAUUGAUGAAAGAGAUAAAGAACUAGAAAGCCUCCCAUACCAAUCCAUUGUUCAAGCUACAAAGGUGCAUUAUGGUGUAAGACCUGAUCUUAAAAGACUGCUAUUUGAAUUUAAAGGGUCAAGAGUGGGAGUUUAUGUUUCUGGACCCAAGAAAAUGAAGCAAGAAGUUGCUACCAUUUGCUCAUCUGAUUUAGCUGAAAAUUUGUAUUUUGAGUCCUUUAGCUUUAAUUGGUAAUAUUUUUUCUGAUACUUUUUGUAGAAAUUGUAAAAUGUAGCUACUAGAAGGUACGUAGUGGUUUCAGCUAAGAAAUGUUUAGCUAAUUUCGUAGCUUUAAUAUAAAUAAAAAUUAGUUAUAUAUAUAAAA